CGGCACCAAACUUCAUGCGCUUUUGCGAUCGUACAAGCCAGCAGCACACAUCUUGGGAUGCUCAGGUGAACACGAAAUCCGACAUCUCCGUUAGGCAUGGAGGGCGCGCAGAGUGCAACCCGAGCGUUUCCAGGCUCUGCCGCCUUCUCCGGCUUCCGCCUUCGACGCCUUGCCACAGCAAUAGGUGCAAGCCAGCUUCAAGCGAUAUGGGUGCACUAUGUUGCGUCGAAGCAUGAGCUUCUCGGGGAACAAAUCUCGGUACUUGAUCAAUUACUGGACUAUGGCUCUUAUCCGGAGUCUACGGAAAGGCUGUACGGUAUCUUACUCAAGGCUGUCAUUAACGGGGCGCCACCGGACGACGCCUCUGUGAGAUUGUUCUAUGUGUAUCCUCGGCCCGGUACGAUUUCGCCAUGGAGCUCGAAGGCGACGAGUAUUGCGCAGGUGUGCGGACUUGGGGACGUGGUUGAAAGGGUAGAACGAGGCGUGCUAUUUGCGGCGACUUUCUCUCAGCCGCUUGAGGAUGGCAAAAUCCCGAAUGCUGACGCGCUGCACGAUCGUAUGACGGAGAGUGUUGGUUCCAAGCCGCCAAAUCUGCAUUCAAUGUUCGCUCAAUUGCCACCCAAGCCACUGCGACGGAUUCAGCUUCACGGCGAUAAAGGUGCACUCAGGGAGGCUAAUCGGACGCUUGGCCUUGCUUUGGACGACUCGGAAAUGGACUACCUGAUCGACGCAUAUACUAACCAGUUGCACCGCGAUCCAACGGACGUCGAGCUCUUCAUGUUUGCUCAGGUCAACUCCGAACAUUGCAGACAUAAGCAAUUCAACGCAGACUGGACGAUCGACGGCGUCAAGAAGCCCCGCAGUCUGUUCUCAAUGAUUCGAAAUACCCACAGCGCCCAUCCGAAGCAUGUCAUCAGCGCUUACAGCGACAAUGCUGCGGUGUUGCAAGGCUAUGAUGGCAGCUUCUGGGCGCCUGAGAGUAGCACCGGCGAGUGGAGGCAGACGAAGGAAACGGUGCACUACCUGGCCAAAGUCGAGACACACAAUCACCCCACAGCUGUAUCGCCAUACCCUGGAGCAGCGACAGGAUCUGGUGGCGAGAUAAGAGACGAAGGCGCGGUUGGGAGAGGAUCGAAGCCAAAGGCGGGAUUAUCUGGCUUCACCGUCUCAGAUCUGCUAAUACCGGACUUCCGACAACCGUGGGAGCUCGAUGUGGGCAAGCCGGCACAUUUGGCGAGCAGUCUUGACAUAAUGCUUGAAGCACCUAUUGGCAGCGCUGCUUUCAACAAUGAGUUUGGCCGACCGUGCACCACCGGCUAUUUCCGUACCCUCACGACGAAAGUACCAACUGCUGAUGGCAAGACCGAGGUACGAGGGUACCACAAGCCUAUCAUGAUCGCUGGCGGAGUUGGUACCGUGCGGCCACAGCACGCUCUGAAGCAGAAAGGCCUGGUCAGCCAAGGUGCGCAUCUCAUCGUCUUGGGCGGUCCUGCUAUGCUCAUUGGCCUCGGUGGAGGUGCUGCGUCAAGCAUACAGUCAGGUGAAGGAAGCGUCGAUUUGGACUUUGCAAGCGUGCAGCGCGGCAAUGCGGAAGUGCAACGGCGGGCGCAGGAAGUCAUCAACAACUGCACCGCCAUGGGUCCGCAAAGCCCCAUUCAAUUGAUACAUGAUGUUGGCGCUGGAGGUUUAUCAAACGCGCUCCCAGAGCUUGUCGAAGACGCUGGCUUCGGCGCGCGUUUCGAACUCAGAGAGAUUGAUAACGCGGAUAAGAGUCUCAGUCCUCUGCAAAUCUGGUGUUGCGAGGCUCAGGAGCGGUAUGUCAUGGCCAUCGCACCGGACAAGCUUGAGAUUUUCGUACGAAUAGCGAGACGCGAGCGCUGCGGAUUUUCGGUCGUCGGACGUGCACAGAAGGAGAAGCGGCUGAUACUGAUGGAUCGAGAUUCGCAAGAAGAGCCAACGCCUAUUGAUCUGCCGAUGUCCGUGUUGUUCGGCAAGCCGCCCAAGAUGCACCGUAUCGUGGACUCGAGAAGACUAAAGCUACCCUCGUUUGACAGCAGUCUGUCUGCGUAUUUACCAAAAAUGCCGGCGCAGGACGUACUGGGCAAUGCAGUCGACCGCGUCCUAGCCCUCCCUGCGGUCGGUUCCAAAUCCUUUCUCAUCACGAUCUCGGAUCGUACUGUAGGUGGUUUAACGGUCAGAGACCAGAUGGUGGGUCCAUGGCAGACGCCCGUGGCCGAUGUGUCAGUAACUGCAACAUCGCUUACACCGGGCAUACGCACGGGCGAAGCAAUGGCCAUGGGUGAGCGACCAUCUAUUGCGCUUAUAUCGCCUGCAGCAUCAGCGCGUAUGGCUGUCGCUGAGUCAUUACUGAACAUUGCCGCGGCGAGUGUAGAAAACCGGCUCAAUCGUAUAAGGCUCUCGGCGAACUGGAUGGCGGCGAGCAGUCAUCCAGGCGAGGGUGCAGCGCUAUAUGAGGCUGUAGAAGCUAUUGGCAUGCAGCUAUGUCCUGAUCUUGGCAUCAGCAUACCCGUUGGAAAGGACUCAAUGUCCAUGAAGACUAGAUGGGAGGAUAAGGAAGUGACAGCGCCGCUGUCGCUGGUCAUUACCGCCUUUGCGCCAGUGAAUGAUAUCGGCAGCACUUGGACGCCAACUCUAAGACGACCGGAAGAGGUGGGCGACACAUUACUGAUGUUCGUUGACCUUGCGGAGGGGAAGAAGGCGCUUGGCGGUUCGGCUCUAGCGCAGGUGUUUGGCCAAGUUGGCAACCAGGCUCCGGAUGUGCGAGACGUGGAGCUGAUCAAAGAUUUCUAUCAUGCCAUCGAGCAGCUGCACGAGUCAGAGAUUGUGCUGGCCUACCAUGAUCGAUCCGACGGAGGCGUGCUCACGACACUGGUAGAGAUGAUGCUCGCUGGCCGUUGUGGCGUGGAUGUCAUGCUCGACAACGUCGUCAAGUCUGGCAGGACCCAGGAUCUCGUCGAGACCCUGUUUAACGAAGAGCUUGGCGCCGUGUUUCAGAUCAGGAAGAAGCACGAAAAUGAGUUCCGUGGCGUCUUUGCGCCUAUGCGUCCGAUCGUAUUAGGCGCCGUGUCGAAAGCGCCGAAACAGGAUUUGGCGAUGUGGUACGGUGCAAACUGCGUCUACCGCGCUUCGAGGAAGGAGCUGCAGCAGAAGUGGUCCCAGACAUCGUGGGCUAUGCAGCGUUUACGUGACAAUCCAGACUGUGCGGAUGCCGAGAAGGCGAGCAUAGACAAUGACGGCGAUCCUGGUCUGCAAUACAAGCUUACCUUCAAACCGCAAGAGAACAUCUUGACCUACACUGCAAGCUUUACCUCACAGCUACGCGCUAAGCCUAGGGUGGCGAUUCUGCGUGAGCAAGGCGUCAAUGGUCAAGCAGAGAUGGCGUGCGCAUUCGCUUCGGCCGGCUUCUCUCCCAUCGACGUGCACAUGACCGACAUACUGUCUGGAAGAUUCUCACUCGCAUCCUGUGUUGGCCUUGCGGCUUGUGGAGGCUUCAGCUACGGCGAUGUCCUCGGUGCUGGACAAGGCUGGGCUAAGAGCGUACUGCUGCACGAGGGAGCACGCAACGAGUUUAAAGCAUUCUUUGAGCGCAAGGACACAUUCACCCUCGGUGUCUGUAAUGGCUGUCAAUUCCUCUCGCGCCUAACUGAGCUCAUACCGGGCGCUGAGUCCUGGCCGACGUUCGAGCGCAACAUAUCUGAGCAGUACGAGGCGCGCGUUUGCAUGGUCGAGGUCAGCGACCCGGCAAACCAGACUUCCAGCGUCUUCUUGCACGGGAUGCAUGGUUCGUUUCUGCCCAUCGUCACCGCCCAUGGCGAAGGGCGAGCACAGUUUUCGCCAACCGGCAGUGCAACGCCGCAGUCUCUGAUCGACCAGGGGCUAGUGUGUAUGCGGUAUACGGAUAAUCACUUGAGACCGACCGAGCGGUAUCCGCACAAUCCGAAUGGUAGUCCACUCGGCAUUACGGCCGUCAGAACUCCUGACGGCAGGGUUCUGGCACUCAUGCCCCAUCCAGAGCGAACUAUCUUGAAGGAUGUUGGCAGCUAUAUUCCGAAAGAGCAGGCCAAGGAGUGGGGCGAAUUUGGGCCAUGGAUACGGUUGUUCAGAAGCGCGCGCAGGUGGUGCGCGUAACGCGGAAGCCGGUCGUGACGUUGCUAACACGCACUCACGCUGUCAAUCAGCGGUUUACUUGUAUGCAUAGCGUGGCGUUGGCGGGAAGUGGAUGUGGGCGGUAUAGGAGGCCUCAGCUGAUACGCUCGGGAAUUGGUCUUUCAAAGUGGGAGGGGGAACCAUGAGUCCAGAAGCGAUCGUGCUGUGCUGUCGAAUUUAAUCCUUCUCCGUAGCUAGCAUGGUCCAUUGUAGAUACAUAGAGCACCUGUGAGAGUCGGGUCCUGUACCAAAUUCGUGGCGCUCAUAGGGCUGAGAGCAAGCUUCCGGGCCGGUAAGAGAUCGAGCCUCGGGAUCGUCAAAUGAAACUAACUCG